GCGAGCGAGCGAGCGGGCGGCGGGCAGCGGGCAGCGUCUCCGCCGGCAUCUGCGCGGCCGCCUCUGCCUAGAGCCCGGGGACCGAGCGCCGGACCCGCCGCCUGGCGCACGGACGCGGAGCUCCUGCUUUGUGCUCCGUGCCGGUUCGACCAGGCUUCCCGGAGGCUGCGGCCACCGCGCCCCGGCGGCCUCGGAGGCCCGCGGCUGGAGGUGCCGGAGCCGCUUGGUCCGCGCGGCUGAGCCCCGCGUGCCCCACUGCUCGCCGGGCUGCUCCGAGCCGCGGUGCUCCGGGGCUCCAAACUCGGGCUGGCGGGGCAAGUGUCUUCAUGAACCCAGAGGAUGUCCGGGAAGCACUACAAGGGUCCUGAAGUCAGUUGUUGCAUCAAAUACUUCAUUUUUGGCUUCAAUGUCAUAUUUUGGUUUUUGGGAAUAACGUUUCUUGGAAUCGGACUGUGGGCCUGGAAUGAGAAGGGUGUCCUCUCCAACAUCUCGUCCAUCACUGACCUCGGUGGCUUUGACCCUGUGUGGCUUUUCCUCGUGGUGGGAGGAGUGAUGUUCAUUCUGGGGUUUGCAGGGUGUAUCGGAGCACUUCGGGAAAACACCUUCCUUCUCAAGUUUUUUUCUGUGUUCCUGGGGAUUAUUUUCUUCCUGGAACUCACUGCUGGGGUGUUGGCAUUUGUUUUCAAAGACUGGAUCAAAGACCAGCUGUACUUCUUCAUUAAUAACAACAUCAGAGCCUACAGAGAUGACAUUGAUCUGCAGAACCUCAUAGACUUCACCCAGGAAUACUGGCAGUGCUGUGGGGCUUUUGGAGCUGAUGAUUGGAACCUAAAUAUUUACUUCAAUUGCACAGAUUCCAAUGCAAGCCGAGAGCGAUGCGGUGUACCGUUCUCCUGCUGCACUAAAGACCCUGCGGAGGAUGUCAUCAACACUCAAUGUGGCUACGAUGCCCGGCAGAAACCGGAAGUUGACCAACAGAUUGUAAUCUACACGAAAGGCUGUGUGCCCCAGUUUGAGAAGUGGCUACAGGACAAUUUAACCAUCGUGGCUGGUAUUUUCAUAGGCAUUGCAUUGCUACAGAUUUUUGGGAUAUGCCUGGCACAGAAUUUGGUGAGUGACAUUGAAGCUGUCAGGGCUAGCUGGUAGACCCCUGCAACCACUGCUGUCAGACACUGGACUGAUCUCCCCUCGAUGACUGACCCUCUGUGCGCUGGCCGGCUGAUGGCGGGGCUGCAGAGGUCUUGUCACAGGCCUGCCGUCUCACCUCCUGGAGCUGCCAAGGACUUAAACUUUCCGUGGGGGUAGAACUGGGAAGUGCUGCUCACGGAUGGAACUUUGAAAAAGAAAAAAAAAAACAAAACAGUGUGCAGGUCGCUGAUCGAUGUGCAGUGAAUCUCUACUGUAGCUGUGAAUUGGUGGACGGAUGGAUGCUACCAGAGGGGGGAAAGGUUGAGCACCGCAUGUACUUGAAUUUAUGGAGAAUACAGUGCUGUCCACAUCUUGGCUACAGCUUGGGCCCUUAUGCCCCGCCUAGGGCCAGGUGUCUCGAAAUCUCAAAAUGCACAUUUCCGGAUAAACGUUGCAGCCAUUCUCCAGAGAAGAAAACAGCUGCCCGUGUUCAGAUUCUGAGAGGGUGGAAUGGGCCGAAUUAUAACGCAUCCUGAGUUUCCCCUUAAGAGAACUGGGUGUUUACAGCAAGCUAGGGUGGCAGAGGCUGUGAUCUGCGUUUCCACAGGACUGAUCUUCCCUCUGAGUGGCCAGCCCACCCCAGCCUGAGCUUUAUCAGUGACAUCCAAGGAGAAAAUGAGGUUAAUGAGAGACAUUAAUUAAACACUCCCUCACCCCACCUUACCAGUCUAGUGGUUGGGUUCUUCGGAUAUUCUGGAAUACUCUGGGCUGUGUUCUGUUUUAUUUCUUUUAUAUCAGUCGUUAUUUUGGUUCUUUUUUUUUUUUUUUUUUUUUUUUUUUUUUUUUUUUGUCUCCCAAAGGCAAAGGCUAUGACACAGUCCUCUGUAAUGGUUUCUUAUGCAGCUUAAAUAGUAAGUUUUUGUAGACCCUUCACCUGCAUGUACCGUGAUUCCCCAUCCCCACAAAUCCACCAUGUUCUUUUCAGAGAGACAUUUGAGAGUGUCCAUUGGUGUUUACGUCAUAGGUAUCCAGCCUCGGGUGGUUGUGGCAUGUUGUCCUAGCCUUGUCUCUGUAUGCCCCGUGGGCUCAGCAUCUCUCCCGACAUCCCCCUCGGCUUCUGUCCGGUCCCCAUCCUCCCUCACUGAGUGAUAUACAGCAGGGCUGACACAGUCAAAACGCAUUUCAUGCGGUUUUUCUUUUUCCCCCCCUCCCCCCUUUUUGCAACUUUAGUUUUGUUGUAUAUUCAAUUAAAAAAAAAAAAAAAAACAAGCCUAGUUUAGUGCAUGGCCGGAGCUCUGUCCUCGCUGAGGUGGCCUCAGGUUGGUAACAAAGCACAAAUAUUUGAGGGCCUGCACCGAAGGCCAGCCAGGGUUCUGUGACGCUAGGUGGGAAACCACCUUCAGGUUCUCCUGCCUCAUGCCCACUGGGAGGGUGGAAUUUAGCCCCAGAUUUCCCCCCAGAUUGUGAUAACUCCCGGAUGUUGCUUUCAUGGGGAGCAGAUUUUAGUUUGUGAGUUGCUGGGCAGACCGCAGCCCCUGUGGUAGCGGCUCAUUCGCCAGCCAGCAUUCGGAGUAAUGCAGCCCGGUUUUCCAUUUCCGCAGCACGUGCGUCGCCAUGACUGAUGGGCGCAGUCUGUCCGCUCACAGGGAGGUCAGGCACUCCUCGAAAGUCUCAUCUCCACAGUUUGGGUGUAUGUGGCUCUGCAUGUUUGUAUUGGUGUCUGUUAUAGGUAGAGAUAGUCGUUCCAUACGUGGAUGUGAGGUCACGUGACCUCACCCCUGUCUAUACCACAGCCGUCACCCGUGAUGUCCUUCAGUGUGGACACUCGUGCUCUCGGAUUAGCACUUCUGUCUUCUUAUUACCUCAUUCUCCAGUGAACUGCAUCUGGCCAGUUGAUUCAGAAUCAGGCAAGAUCCCCACCCCGUGGCACAUCCAGUGAAAGCCAAAACACAAGCCCAAGCGAGUUUUAAAUUUUAAUCACCCUUUAUUUUUUACACUCGAGAGUGAUUGUAAUAAAAGCUGUCAUUAAUAAACUCGGUUCUACCUUA